AUGCUGAAGCUUCUUCUCAUUGCUUGUACUUUCUCGCUUGUGUCUGCUCAACUGCUUAGCGGUGACUACAGUCAACCAGCUACUCAGAGUCAAACCAAAGGACUCAAACAGAAUGGAUAUUCUGCUGUAGUUCUUAGAGCUGCUGGACCCAUUUCUACCUUUGAUACGAAUCUGUGCCACAAUGCUUUGGAUGCCCUCAACGCUGGAUUAACAACGAUGAUUUAUGUGACACCUGAUCCGACCAAGGAUCCAGCAGAUCUUGUGACAAAACUGAACGAUGGUCUUAUGCGUUGUGGAUUAACAUACCAUAAGUGGUGGCUACAGGUUGUACGACCAGACCAUUGGAGUGCUACUGCUGCUGAUAAUGUCAAAUUCAUUGAAGCUGUUAUUGCAAAAGCAAAAGAAAGCAAGCAGUUAGUUGGAAUCUACACAAGCGAAGGGGAAUGGAAGAAAAUUGUAGGCGAUGAUUAUGAUAUAAACAAUACUGCUGUCCCUGAAGAUUUCAAUCCUCUCUGGUACUGGAGUAACAGCACAGUGAAAAACUUUGAUGAUUUCAAACCCUUUUCCGGAUGGAAUGGACCUCUCAUGAAACAGUUCCAACAAGGAGUUACUGAUCAAGGCAUCAGACUUAAUAGGAACAUCUACGCAUCCAUCUUCCAUUAG